AUGACGAUGAUGACUGGCCGUGUGCUGCUGGUGUGUGUCCUCUGCGUGCUGUGGUGCGGGUAUCCUUUGGUGUCGGCAGUUACCGGGGAGGAUCGUGAGCAUUCCGGCCAAGGUGUUGUUGGGAGUGUUGGUCAACCUUCUUCUCCAGUUGGGGGUCAUGGUGAUAAUGGAGAUGUCACUGAUGGAAGCUCUGUGAGCAGUGGAAGUCACUUGCCGGGUUCUGCUCCUACGGGUGGCAAACCUUCACUUCCCGGUGUUGGUGAGGGUGUGGGUUUAAAUGAAUCCAAGGAUGCCUUAACUCUUGCAAAAGAGGGGCGUGAAGUCGUACGGGAUCAGCAUGAAUUAGUGCCUCAAGUUUCGCACCACACUGAUGCGGGAACAGGAGGGAAAAGCGAUCUCAGUGCGCCAGAACAGUCGCCCAACGCAAAAACAAAAUUAGAAAAUGGUGGUGGUGUUUGUGGUGAUGAUGCUGCGACUGCGGAGGGUGAAGUAAUAACCACCGUGAAUGAAGAACAAUUGGGCGUAUCUUCCACGAGCGACAGCCAUCCACCAGCAGCAGACCGAGGGGCGAAGGAGCAGGAAGGCACAGUGGAACAAGCAGCAUCAACAGCGGCACUGACGCCAGUGGUGGGGCGAGAGACAACACCUAAAGGGGACACCGAAGAGGACUCACCGGAGGAUAAAGCCGCAACUGGCGCAGGUAUCACACAAGAUAUACCAGCUGUCAGUCAACAACAAACACAUUCUUCAUCCACCUCUACAACUGGAAAUGGUCCGAAUUCUACUCUAGGAAAAGGGCGCGCUGCGGAGGACAUUUCCAACAAUAACGAACGAUCCGGCAAAGCACUACUGCAAGAAGGAGCGGAGCAUGAAACUGUUGCUGGCAGCCAAUCGCAAGCAAUACCAGCAGCCACCGCCCGUAACACACUUGGCACAACCGUUUCUGGCGGCAGCGACAACAGCACCACGAUAACUACAGCCGUGCGGUCUGACACUGGCACAGAAGGCACUCCAACCAGCAAUCAUCCGAACCGACAAUCCAUUGAAGGCGCCACAUCACCCGGCAUGAAUUCCGAUGGUGAAGCUGUAUUAGCCAAAAAAUAUGAUACGGUACCUCAGAGUGCAGGAUCCACAGCAGCGCCAACCACAAACAACAAAACACGUGACACAGCUUCUCAUGGCGACAGUGGCAGCAGCACCGCAGUCUCCCACACCACCUCCCCUCUUUCGCUUCUUCUUCUUGUUGUUGUUGCGUGUGCGGCUGCUGCUGCGGUGAUGGUGGCCGGGCCUGCAUGA